AAGCACUGCUAGCCGUGUGUCGCACUAAAAUGUGACUCGGGGUAGCAUCGGAAACCGUGUGUGUAGAGAGGGAGGGAGUGUGUGAGAGAGAGAGAGAGAGAGAGAGUGUAAGGGGGUGAAAAUACAAAGCUAGAGAGAGAGAGAGAGAGAGAGAGAGAAAGAGAGAGAAAUCGUGUGAGCGAGUGAGAUAGAUAGAAAGAGCGAAAGAGAGAGAAAGAGAGAGAGAGAGAGAGGGUAAAAGCGAAAGAGAGAGUAAGGGUGAGAAAGAAAGUUGCUUGUGCCGGAAUUUCCAUUAGUUUAGUGAAACUAGGAAGAUAAGAGAAUAGCAGAGGAAACGGAUUUAGGCUUAGGAAAGAGGAGAAAGGUGAUUGGACGCUUGAAAGGUGCUCGGGAUCGGCAGUAACGAUUCUCGGGAAAACGCGAUCGGUCCGUCGUGUUGUAACAGAAUCUUCCUGAAGAUUAACGCCUGUGGUGCCGCUGUCAACAAUACAUAUCAUUUUAUCCUAGUUUGCAGAAAUGUUAUCUUCGUGUGAACGAUAAAGUAUUACUUGGUGAAUGAUUAUAUGAAGUAACACGAGAGAUAAUAGAAACGGUGGUGUGCCUGGCUCAACGAGCAUCGUGAUUAUAUAUCUGUUGUUAAUUAUUAGUCAUAUUUCUUUGAUGAGAAAAAAGAACAUUAGGCGCUAGCGGAGAAUCAGAAUAACGAGAAAAGUAUUGAUAAUGUAUAAAAGAGCGCAUUAAAAUGCGAUGAAACCUCUUCUCUCCGAUCGUUAUUAAUUCUUUCAUUUUUUGUGUAAUAUUGCUCGUGGACUGUGAUCCUUUCUAUCGUGGAAACAAAGAAGAAUUCUUCACAUUAUUCCUGCUAAGAAAAAAUCGGAAUAACCAGAAAAAUGAAGCUCGAUUUUAUGGACCGAGAAAAGGGGUUGGAGCUUUUCGGCAAGUUAAUAAGAACAAAAAAUAUCGACCGUUUACAAGAAGAACAAACGAAAACAAGUCCAGAAGCAUUGAAUACAGCCGAUCCGAAGCAGAAAUUACAGAAGUGUCUGACUACUCUGGACCUGACGUCUUUAGGAGUUGGUUCCUGCGUCGGGACGGGGAUGUAUCUAGUCGCAGGAAUGGUUGCACACAGUGUUGCUGGACCUGGUGUCGUUAUAUCGUUUAUUAUAGCUGCUAUUGCUUCGAUUUUUUCUGGAGCAUGUUAUGCAGAAUUUGGAGUAAGAGUGCCUCACACAACUGGCAGUGCUUAUAUGUACAGUUAUGUGACAGUAGGCGAAUUGAUAGCAUUUAUUAUCGGUUGGAACAUGGUACUCGAAUAUUUGAUAGGUACGAGUGCCUGUGCUUGCGCCCUUAGCGCUUGCUUGGAUGCUCUAUCGAAUGGUGCAGUCUCUGGAGCGAUAGCUAAUAGCGUUGGUACCAUAUUUGAACGACCACCAGACUUCCUAGCCUUUGUCAUAACGAUACUGAUGAUGUUACUGAUGGCAGCUGGCGUUAAGAAGUCUUUGGUGUUUAAUAAUGUACUCAAUGCAAUUAAUCUCGCAGUAUGGGUUUUCGUUAUGGCAGCUGGUAUGUUCUAUGUUGACUCGACUAAUUGGUCUGAACACAAUGGAUUUCUUCCCUUCGGUUGGAGCGGGGUAUUUACAGGAGCAGCAACAUGUUUUUAUGCCUUUAUUGGCUUCGAUAUAAUUGCAACUACCGGGGAAGAAGCAACAAAUCCUAAACGAAGUAUUCCUCUUGCGAUAGUUUCAUCAUUGAUCAUAAUUCUCAUUGCUUAUGUUACUAGUAGUAUGGUUUUGACUCUCAUCGUCCCAUACGAAGAAGUUGAUCAAGAUUCUGCACUGGUCGAAAUGUUCGGUUAUGUUGGUGCAUACAAAUGCAAAUAUAUUGUAGCUGUUGGUGCACUCGCUGGUCUCACUGUCUCUAUGUUUGGCAGUAUGUUUCCAAUGCCUAGAAUAGUUUACGCCAUGGCUCAAGAUGGCCUCAUUUUUCGAUCUUUAAGCCACGUAUGGCCAGCAACUGGUACUCCAGCAUUAGCUACAUUAACUUCUGGUCUUUGUGCUGCAUUCGCAGCAUUAUUAAUACAGUUGGAAGUUUUAGUAGAAAUGAUGUCCAUUGGUACUUUGUUAGCAUAUACUCUCGUUUCUACUUGUGUCUUAAUAUUGCGGUAUCAACCGCAUACAACUAAUUUAGUUGAACUUCUCCCUCAAAGUCUCCGUACACCAUGUCGUUCUCCAACUAAAGAAACUCAAGGAAAUGGACAAGUAACGUACGGAAAAGAGCUCAGACCAGAUCAAUUGACAACUGCACUUAACACUGCUCAAGUAGCUCAACCAGAACUUUUGACUACUAAUAAUGGACAGCGUAUCAUGGUACGACGUGUAAGAAGGUGUAAUAGUUCCUCCCCAGAUUCUGACGACACUUAUGGUGCAGAAGAAGACGAAGUUGGUUUAGGCAAAGAUGAUCAAUAUUUAGUUAGCGAUAGAACGGAAAAUAAAUUUUACGG